CGCUGGGAGGAAGAGGGUGGGUGGGUUGAGAGCAACUACGGCGGCGAGGCCGACCUUUCCCUACAACACCCUCCACCACACACGCCCGACGACCUUGUGGGUGGGUUAGAAGCUUCCCCGGAGCUCCUCGGACCGGCGCCAUGGCGACUGCUGCGGAGAUGGAGUCCCCUCCGGCGACGGACACGAGCUGGGAAAGCGGCGGCGGCGGCGGAGACGAAGAGAUGAAGCAGGCGCUUCCGGAGCUGGAGUCUACCCCACAAAAUGGCGGCGCUGACGACCUCCUCAUCGCCGAGCACGGCGGCGGAGGCGGCGGCCCGGGGCCUGAGGAGACGGCGGGGACCGAAGCCGCCCAGAGCCUCGGCCACGAGCGGCCUCAAGACUCCUCAGAGACGGGCGCGGCCGCUCUACCCAAAGGCCCCGGAGAGCCCGAAAGGCCAAGUACGAGGAGUUUUCAGAUCCCCAGGAAGAGCAGAGAAAAGAAAGCACUUUUCCAGCCAUUAACUCCAGGCUCUCGAGAAUUUGAGGAUGUUUUAAAUAUUCUCCACUCAUCUUACCUUGAACCAACUUCAGUGGCAAAUUUUAGCUACAAACGUGCUUGCUUAAUACAUAAUGAGCUCUUGGAAAAGGAGUUUACAGAAAAGCGAAGAGAAUUGAAGUCUGAUGGUCGUUUAGAUAAGGAACUUUCCGAAUCCUAUGCGUUUCUCAUGGUUGAUCGAUACCAGGUUCAAGGCAUUUGUGAAAAAGGAUUGGAGGUCGGCCAGUCCAAAAUAACAAUUCUUGGCAGUCCUUCCAUGGGUAUCUAUCUUUGUAGGUAUGCUGAUUUAUUGCAAGCUAAUCCUUUGGAAGCUGGGGCAGUGGGUGAUGUUGUUAUUUUUAAAAUAAUGAAGGGCAAAAUCAAGAGUAUAUAUGAUCCCAUGGCUGUUAAAAGUUUGGAAUCCGUGUUGAAUAAAAGUGCUUUGGAUCCAACACCAAAGCAUGAAUGUCAUGUGUCUAAGAAUGCUUGUAGAAUUACAUCACUUUUGGCAUACAGAGCCUAUGAGCUUACUCAGUAUUAUUUUUAUGAGUAUGGCUUUGAUGAGCUAAGGCGAAGACCAAGACAUGUGUGUCCAUAUGCGGUGGUGUCCUUUACUUAUAAGGAUGAAAUACCGCCUCCCAAGUUUGCGACGUCGCGAUGUAACAGCUUUAAUGCGGAUAGAAAUGUAGAUAAAUUUAACUACACUCUGUGGAAAGGACAACUUUUAAAUAAAGGAAAACUUCUGUGUUACAUUUCUUUGAGAUCACCUACUCGAGCUUUUUUGCCUAUCAAGCUUCCUGAGAAGUUAGAUGUUGAAACAGUUAUGAGUAUUGAUCAUCUGAAACAGAAAAUCCCUCCAGCACUGUUUUAUAAGGAAACAUACUUAGGCCCGAGUGAAGUUUUGAAGAAUGGGAUGUACUGCAGCCUUUAUGAAGUUGUAGAGAAGACAAGGAUUGGAAGUAACAUGGAGUGUUUACUACAAAAACUGGAGAAAGAAAAACUGGUUCUUGUUAAACCUUUGGAAGACCGUGGAUUUCUUUUCCUACUUUCUUCACAUCAGAUGGUUUCUCCAUAUGAACAUCAAACUGUCAAGUCUCGAUUUCUGCAUGCUUUGUUUCUAUUUCAAGAACCUAGAGGCAUACUUACCUCACAAAAAAUUUCAACCAGUGCUCCAACACAAGAGAAGCAUGAGAACAUGCCAGCUGUAUUAAAAAUAACUCAAUUUUUACAGUUUUCUUUGAUUCAGUGUCGAAAGGAAUUCAAAAGUAUAAAUACUAUAAAUUUUCAUUCUGUUGUUGAAAAGUAUGUAAGUGAAUUUUUUAAGCGAGGUUUUGGUUCAGGUAAACGAGAGUUUAUCAUGUUUUCAUAUGAUUCAAAAUUAGAUAGUAAAAAAUUCUUAUACUCAGCUCCAAGAAAUAAAUCCCAUAUUGAUACUUGCUUGCAUACUUAUAUUUAUCAACCUGAAAUGUAUCAGUUACCCAUUUGUAAAUUAAAAGACCUAUUUGAAGAAAAUAGAAAACUUCAACAGUUUAGUCCACUAUCAGAUUAUGAAUGUGAAGAGAUGAACGGUACAAGAAUGAAAUUUAGGAAACGAAAUAACUCAAGAGGUGAAACUGUUGCACCUGGGAAGCAAAAGUCAUCUCAUUCUUUGGAUUAUGAUAAAGAUAAAGUUAAAGAACUAAUUGAUUUAAUUCAGUGCACGAAAAAAAAUGUGGGUGGUGACUCGGACAUAGAAGAUAACAGAAGCAAAACUGUCUUGAAGAGGAAGCAUGAAGAUAUUCCUGAACACAAGAGAAAACUUGCCAAAACCAGUAAUUUAUCUGAGAAUUACCAUCUGUAUGAAGAGUCUUCACAGCCUGUUGGUUCCCUUGGGCAUGACGCUGACUUGAGACAGCAGCAGCAAGACACCCGGAACUGUGGCACUGACGUCCACAGGCUGUUCACUUGGCUGUCAGAAACGCUAGCAAACGCACGGCACUCUGAUGCCUCCUUGACGGACACAGUUAACAAGGCCUUAGGACUGAGCUCUGAUGACUCUUAUGAAGAGCCGAGACAGAAGCCGGAGUAUGAGGUGAACACUACCCCAGAUAAGAAAGAGUACGAGCAGCUUCCAUGCCCCAAAAUGGAAAACACACAUUUUAAGGGCACUCGGAGCCCUCUGCUGGAAGUUGAUACAGCAUCUUUAAAGUAUCCCCGUGCCACUGUUUGUUCCAGUGAAGACACGGAGCAUAAGCUGCGUGUGAAAGACGAUCCUAAUUUUAUUAACGUGAAUAAUUUUGAAGAUUGCAGUUUGUGUCCCACUGUUUCUUUUGAACAUGGAUUCUGUAAACACCGGUCAAAGUCAAGUGAUGUUGAAGAGACUGAAAUACAUUGGAAACUGAUCCCAAUUACAGGAGGGGACGCACGAAGCCCUGAAGACCAGCUAGGGAAGCACUGUGAGAAACCAGCAUCAGGUGUGAAAUCACCAGAAGAACCACCGCAGGAGACCUUUCCUGAUGACCCUCGGGUAAUAAGUAGACAGAGAAGUUCUGAUGACCAGUUUUCAUCCUCUCCAUUUACAGACACGCAUAAGGGUACCACUGAGGAUGACUCCCUGACAGGUCAGGUGCCGCCAGUGGAGGAGCAGUGUGUGCCAGCAGCAGAGCCACCUACUGUGAGCGAACCCACAGAAAGAACAGUGUUAGGAGAGUACAGUGUCUUUUCUAGGAAGAUAGAAGAGAUUUUGAAGCAAAAGAAUGUUUCGUAUGUGAGUAAAGUUUCCACACCAAUGUUUUCAACGCAAGAGAAGAUGAAACGGCUUUCUGAGUUCAUAUAUUCUAAGACUUCCAAAGCUGGUGUACAGGAGUUUGUAGAUGGCUUGCAUGAGAAACUAAAUACUGUUAUUAUUAAAGCAUCAGCCAAAGGAGGGAGUUUGCCACCAGUCAGUCCUAAUGAUUCUGGUGCUAAGGUCGCCUUGAAUCCUCCGGGAAGGCCUGGCAUGCCAGGAUCCUCAAGUGACUUCCACAGCACACAGCUUCUCGACCCACUUCCUAGUGAUGCCUCGAAAGACACCAGCUCUAAUGAGCAGCAUUCCUCUUUGACUUUGAGUCAGCCUGAAGUAGAAGUGAACCAGCCACAGCAUGCCACAGAAUCAGCGGUGACUUCUGACCAUAAUGUACUUGGUGAUCCUCCUGCCCAGGAACCAGUAGAAAAAGAAACCGCAAAAUCUCCUGGUGAUGUUAACAUUUCUGCCCAACCAUCUCUUUCAAAUUUUAUAAGCCAGUUAGAACCUGAAGUAUUUAAUAGUUUGGUUAAGAUCAUGAAAGAUGUCCAGAAAAAUACUGUGAAAUUUUAUAUUCAUCAAGAAGAAAACAGUGUGCUCUGUAAAGAAAUAAAGGAAUAUCUUACCAAAUUAGGCAAUACUGAAUGUCAUCCGGAACAGUUUUUGGAAAGAAGAUCACAGUUAGAUAAACUGUUGAUUAUUAUUCAAAAUGAAGACAUCGCAGACUUCAUUCAUAAGGUCCCUGGCCUGGUGACCUUAAAGAAGCUGCCUUGUGUUAGUUUUGCUGGUGUUGACAGCCUAGACGAUGUAAAGAAUCACACGUACAAUGAACUGUUUGUAUCUGGAGGUUUUAUUGUGUCUGAUGAUUCAAUUCUAAAUCCAGAAGCUGUCACAAUUGAGAGCCUUAAGAAUUUCUUGACAUUCCUUGAAGAACUUAGUACUCCAGAAGGAAAAUGGCAAUGGAAAAUCCACUGUAAAUUUCAGAAAAAACUGAAGGAACUGGGCAGAUUGAAUACUAAAGCUCUGAGUCUGCUGACGCUUCUGAAUGUCUAUCAGAAGAGACAUCUGGUUGAAAUUUUGUCAUACCAUAAUUGUGAUUCACAAACUCGAAAUGCUCCAGAACUGGACUGCCUUAUCAGACUUCAGGCUCAAAACAUCCAGCAGCGACACGUCAUCUUUUUAACAGAUAAGCACAUCAAGAUGCCUUCAAGUUACACAGAUAAUGGAAUAGUGGUUGCAUCUACUGAAGAGUUUAUGCAAAACUUUAAAAAUCUUGUGGGCUAUCAUAACUCAGUCACAGAAGAAAACUUUCCACUGCUUGGUGCUAAUGAAAACCUAGAGUCACAGUCAGAUGCUGUUUUGACAUUAACCCCUUUGGAGCUUGGAGUUGGGAUUUCCCAACAUUAAACGUGAACACAUUUCGCAGAAGCUUUUAGCAUCGGAUUAUCUGGACAUUCACACCUAGUGUGAGUGUUGUGAAUAAAUGAACUUGUGGCAGAAGACCAAGCUUUAAGGGAUUGUGGACUUGCAGACCCUGACGCGUUAUAUUGUGUGAGUAAUGUAUAAUUUUAAAACUUAAACAAAUUGUGUAUUUCAAUAGAGGAGGACUUUUUGUUUUUUAAAUGUAGCUCUUUUAGAAAACGAUGAAAAGGAUGAAGAGGAUAUGUCUCUGGAUUCAGGGGAUGAGAUCUCACAAAUAGAAGUAUGCAGCAAUUUUCAUUCAGAAAUAUUGGCAGAAGAAACCAAAGGAUCAUGUGGAACAAAUCAAAAUCAGAAUUUUCAAACUGAGUUGCAGUUGUCUCUUGACAUGCAAAAGAGGUCACUAGAAGAUAAGACGUGUCAGACCGACUCUGAAGAUGCAGCUUCUGUUGAUAUGGUCUGCUCAGAAGAUGGGGACAGCGAUUCAGCAGGGCAGGACUCCUCUGGCAGCAGUCAGGUCCAUCAGAGUCAAUUCAGUAUGUGCCGUCAGGUUAGCCAUUUUAAUGUUGUCACUCAUCAAACAUUUCUGGGCAUACCAUAUGUCCUUUCAUCAACCCAGUCUGAAGAAACUAAUCACUCUUUAUCUGCUUAUGCUCAAAGCGUAGAUGGAGACAAACCCGCGUCUCCACUGAACUGGGGAAAAAAGGAUUUUCCCCAGCUGUACUCAAAAGAGAAAUAAUUAUAGCAACUUUUUUUUAUAUAUACAAAGUAGGUUGUUUUGGAUUUUUUUUUUCUUAAAGGUGAAUUAACAAUUUAUAUUUCAUUCUCAAACACAUUUCCUAUCCUUUUUCAGUUUUUUUUUGUCUUAUUUAAAUCAUGAAUGCCCUUGUAACAGUUGUGAAAAUUUAAAUAAAUAUAUUUUUUAAAGUUUACUUGAAUUAUCUCAUGUUGGCACUUUUAAGUUUUACAUUUGUAUGUCAUGAAUAUUUGGGCUUCAAAUUGAAGCAUAUUUUGUAUGUAAAAUUAGAUGUCCUUUAGGAUGAUAACAGGAGUGGCUUUACUUUUCAUGUCAAAUGAUAAAAACUAUGUUUUUGCUGAAAUGAUCAACUAUUUUGAUUUGAACUUUUGUACAGUGCUUUUAUACAGUUGUAAGGCAGUAACAGACAAUUUUGACUGAUACCUCAAGAUGUAUCUGGCAAUGUAGUUUCAUUUAGAUGAUUAUCUUUAGGCUUAAGGUUAAAAACUGUCAUUAAAACUUUGGUUAACUUUCUCA